AUGGCAAAAGCAUACACACAGGAAGAAUUUGAUAAGUUGAUGGGGAAAGUUGAGAAGGCAGAUUUUCGGGUGGCAGAGUAUUUGGAAUUAGCAGGAAGAGAAAAAGUUAGUCAACUAUGCAUAGAAUUAGCGGUCGAACCAUCAACCGAAUACUUGUACACAGUCUAUGCUGCAGGAAGGAGCUUCAUAGUUAACUUGGAAAACAAAACUUGCAGUUGUCGGAUGUUUCAAAUAGACGAAAUUCCAUGCCCACGUGCAUGGGCUGUCACUAAGAAGAAAAAUCUAACGGCUGAUGAUUAUUGUUCUGAAUUGUUCAAAUCGCAGACCGUGGUGAAGACAUAUGAUGUACCCGUCGAUCCUCUCCCUCACGAGCGUGAAUGGAAGAUUCCUACGUACAUAUCAGAGGAUGUGGUUUUGCCAUCAAGAUACAAGAGACCUCCUGAUAGGCCAAAGAAAAAGCGUGAUAAGCCAUUAGUUGAAUUGCUUCUUGGGAAAAAAAAGACAUGCUUGCAGUACCUGUGGACAGACUGGACACAAUAG